AUGCGAUUUCAAAUAGUUUUAUUGUAUCUUGCGAAAUUUUCCUUUGCAUUUAGCCAAGAAUCGGUGAAGAUAGCAGUUAGUUAUUUUCGAGAGCGGAAUGUUAAAACCGUAUGUUUACUAUCGGAUUCUAAUCAUAUAGGUAUUCAAUUAGCUAAAGAAGCCAAUAAAGAUUCAAUAACAGUAUUGCAAUAUAUAAAUAAUGACACUACACAGAGCAGUUGUCAACGUCAAGUUUACACACACACAGGCAUUGUAUUAAAUACAGAUUAUCCAACUUUUCAAGAUGUACUGGUUAAUGCCUCUAAAAAGAAUAUAUUUGAUUCAAACCACAUUUGGUUAAUUUUUGAUGAAAAUAAUUCGACUGAAAUUAACACAAUAUUUUCAAUUUUAAACCUAUCAGUAAAUGUCGAUGUUACCAUUGCACAGCGCAUGGAUUCAGGUUACACGUUAUAUGACAUAUUUAACUUUGGUAGAAUACAAGGAGGUAAUUUACAGAAAGAAAUUACAGGCCAUUGGAGUCAAGAAACAGGACUAAUUUUGAAGAAAGGUUUCAAAUACACACGAAGAUUUGAUUUUCAAAGACUUGCACUAAGAUUAAUGAUAGUGUAUCAAGGUAAACCCGAAGAAUUUCGCCCUGAAAUAAUAUUAGAAAGGGAAGUGGCACCGGGUAUAUCUAUGGUGACACAGACUAGCGGCAUGAUACUUAACGAACUGGCAUCUAUACAUAAUAUCAACUUCAAUUAUAGUAUAUGCGACAGAUGGGUUGGAGAUUACAAAAGAGAAAGUCCAAAUGCUGUGACUAAUUCACUGUAUUUUAAGGAAAUUGAUGUAACACCAACAUUACGGUUUUUACCUUCUCAUUUGGACUACUAUGAUGUUAUACACCAAUAUGUAACAUAUGCUGAAGGGAAAUACUUCUACCGCAUCCCAACUACUGGAGUGGGUAAGUUUGAAAACCAAUUCCUCACACCAUUUACCCGAGAUGUCUGGUUUACUGUGAUCGGAGUAAUAACGCUAUGUGGUAUUGGCCUGUUAUUGAGCGCAAAACUGGAGAAUCGACCGAAGUCAGGACAUUAUGCGUUUUUCUCAGUUGUGGCAUUAUCUUGUCAACAAUUUUUCGAAGAUAUAGAUGACGGUGUUGUGACGGUGUUGUAA